ACGACGAUGAUGAUGGCGUGGUUGCGAAGGGGGUCGGGUCGAUCAUUGACUUUCUUUCUCCAUCCAUCUCUCUCUUUUAUCUCUCCCUGCUUGCGAUUGUAUAUAUGGGCAUCGCUGCUCGACCAAAUUACUCGUUUCUCUUCCGACUUGAGGCCAUUGCCAUUCCCUUUCGUCCGCCCGAUACACUUCUCAGGUACUCACCCGCUCUUUAAUUCUCUGUGUUGAAGCCGGAGUUCUAUAUCUUCUCCGAUCCUUGAGCGUGCCAUUAGGUUGGCAGUGCGAGCGUGUAAGUUUGCCUGUUACCUGUUUGUGAAAAGUCCCACUGCCAUCAAAAGGGCGAGUUUUAUGAGAAGAGCCGAAACCAUCCUUUUGUCAUUCUAGCAGUGUCUAAGCUGGCCCUCUUCCUUUUCUCGAUUCCUUAGAGAUACAUCAACAAAAACCUGGGAAUUAUGUAACUAUUACCCAUUUCUUUCUUUGUUUCCAAAAACUCAAAAAAAUUUAUAUAAGAUCUAGAUUUUGUAUUAUAUUUUGAUUAUGAUAUUUCCCUAGAAAUUCACUUCCAGCUCAUCAGUCUCAAUCUGGGUAAAAUCCAGACGGCCCUGUAGCGAUACCUUUAUAAAAACCACCAAAUUAUGUAAGUCGUUACUGCUCCAUCAGGAUAUCCAACCCCCCCCCCCCCCCCCCCCCCCAAAAAAAAAAAAAAAGAAAAAGAAAAUCAUAUAGAUAAACCAAAAGAAAAAAGGGAAAAAAAGAAGCUGUUUUCUCGGAAGAAGAAGAAUGGCGGACUCGGAGGCGGGAACGCCGACUGUGUCGGCGCCGGCGACGCCGGGCACGCCAACUCCAUUAUUUCCAUCGUUCCGAAUCGACUCGAUGCCCCAUGAUGGCAGCAAGUCAAUGCCCCGAUGCAAGUGCCUGCCUCUCGACGCUCCCACUUGGGGCGCCCCUCACACCUGUCUCACCGAUUUCUACGUCCCCGACGUUUCACUCACCCGCAAGCUGGGAGCGGAGUUCGUGGGGACGUUCAUGCUGAUAUUCGCGGCGACAGCGGGGCCGAUCGUGAACCAGAAGUACAACGGGGCGGAGACGCUGAUUGGCAACGCAGCGUGCGCCGGCCUGGCGGUGAUGAUCGUGAUCCUGUCGACCGGCCACAUCUCCGGCGCCCAUCUCAACCCAUCGCUCACCAUUGCCUUCGCCGCCCUCCGCCACUUCCCGUGGGUCCAAGUCCCGGCGUACAUAGCCGCCCAGGUUUCGGCGUCCAUUUGCGCUUCUUUCGCUCUCAAGGCCGUCUUCCACCCCUUCAUGUCCGGCGGAGUCACCGUCCCUUCGGUCAGCGUGGGCCAGGCCUUCGCCCUGGAGUUUGUCAUUACAUUUAAUCUCCUGUUCGUUGUGACCGCCGUCGCCACCGACACACGCGCGGUGGGGGAGUUGGCGGGAAUAGCAGUCGGAGCUACGGUGAUGCUCAACAUUUUAAUUGCCGGGCCGUCCAGUGGCGGAUCGAUGAAUCCGGUGCGAACUCUGGGGCCGGCGGUGGCGGCCGGUAAUUACAAAUCGCUGUGGAUAUACCUGGUGGCGCCCACUCUCGGUGCCCUUGUAGGCGCGGGGAUCUACACGGCAGUGAAGCUCCGGGACGAGGAUGCUCCGCCGGGCCAGCCCCGGAGGAGCUUCCGUCGCUGAAUUAGGUGCCGCGUCAAUGUCUCUUCUGAAUAAUGAGGGCCGGACUUUGCAUGCCCAUUGUCGCCUAUGGUUUGGUUGAAAUUAUCAACAAUUAAUAUAUAUAUAUAUAUAUUGUUGUUUGUUUGUUUGUGUACUGUGGUGUUCCGGUUGAAUUGAGCUGAGUGGAUGAGUUUGUUUACUUUGCUUACCAAAGGACAAAAAAAAGAAAAAAAAGAAAAAAGAAAAAGACAGAAGAGUUUGUUGACUUAUUUAUGUUAAGUUAUGAAGCGUGAAGUCAAGAGAAGUGAAGCCCUACUUGUGAAAGGGAGAUCAGAUGGUUCCCUCGGUGUGAUCUUUAUAUAUAUAUGAAUAAAAUAAAUGGUGGUGAGUAUUGUAUA